AUGCCAAACAUCAUCUGGAUCCCGUUUCGGGAGACACAAGCUGUCGAUCUAAUCACAGGACUGGGCGACACCAUCGAGAAGCAGCUGAACCAACCUCGAGACAAGUUUACAGCCGACCUGAAAACAGCCAACGACCUGCGUAACAACAUUCUCAACCCGCAACCAAACGCCAGCUAUCUCGACCACCUCACCAAGUACUACGCCCAAUUGACAUACUGGACUACCAAGUUUCCAGCCGGAUGCGAUAGCCUGGAGUUCAUGUGGUACGGAACUCUGGCCUACACCGCCAAUGCCGCCCCCGUCAUCAGUCAAAGCCUUCAUUUCGAGCGAUGCAAUCUUCUCUACAACCUGGGCUCGCUGUACAGUCAGAUGGGCGUCAAUGAGGGAAGGCAGGACGCAGACGGUCUAAAGAUGUCAUUCAAUUACUUUCAAAUGGCAGCAGGAUGCUUCCAGAUUCUCAUUGAGAACGGCUUGCCAGACUUGGAAAGUCUCAACAUGCGAGGACUCGAAUAUGACACCAUUUGCUGUGUUAGAGAUCUCAUGUUGGCCCAAGCACAGGAAUGUUUCUGGCAGAGAUCGCUGCUGAGUGGCUCACGAAACUCUCUGGUGGCAAAGCUCGCGCAGCAGGUAUCUCUUCUUUACGACUCGGCGCUCGCCUGGGCCCAAAAGAGCCCGCAGGUCCGAAGCGAAUGGGUGCAUCACAUGACGUGCAAACGACAGCACUUUCUAGCGGUCGCACAUUACCGAAUGGCACGUGACGCACUGGAUGGAUGCAGAUAUGGCGAGGAGAUUGCACGUCUCAAGGCUGCUCUUAAUGCCAUCAAGGAGGGGACAGGAAAGGGUAUGCUCAGAAGGUACCUGGUGGAGAGCGUGGCCGAUGAUUUGAACGGAAUCAUCGACGUAGUAACCGAAGAUCUCAAACGGGCCGAGAAGGAUAACAAUCUUAUCUAUCUCCAGUCUGUUCCUCAGACAACCGCUCUCGCUCCUAUUACACCUGCACUGAUGGUCAAAUGUACUCCUCCCGUUGAGCUGGCUAAGCCCAUAGAGUUUCUCACAAAGGACAAGCUGGGUCUUCCGCUGUUUGUCAAGCUCACGCCCUUUGCCUUUCACCAAGCCCUCGUUCUUUACUCUCAGGAAUGUGAUAAGAUUGUUUCAUCUAUUGAGAGUCAGCUGAAGAACUGCACCAACAGCAAGAACCAGGCUCUCGUGGAGAUGGCGCUACCGGGAUCAUUGGACUCGGUCGAGAAGCCCAAGGGUAUUCCUGCCGAUAUCAUUGCUCAUUCCGAUCAGAUCAAGAGUGAGCGAGGUCUUGAGACCACCAGAGAGGCCGUUAAGGACGUCCAGAGACUGGCAGCUACCGCGCGACAGGAGCUAGAGGCCGCUAAGGCUGUUCUUGACGACGAAAGAAGCGAGGACGAGAUGCUGAGACGUAAAAACAACUCUGGAUGGACCAGAUUCGACUCCAAGGAGGCUGGAGCCCACCUUUACACCCGUUUGGCAGAGCUGGAGCAGUAUCUAGCUGAUGCAGGGGCGUCUGAUAAGCUUGUUCGAGGUAAAUUGGAUGAAAUCGACUACCUCCUGUCGAUUCUCAACUCAGGGCGAAGUGCUCUAGAGAACUACUUACCAUCGUCUGUUUCUGGAGUUCGGUCUCCCGAGGUCAAGCGGCAGGUGCCCCACUUGCGAGAUCUGCUGAACAAUCUGGAGUCAUUGGAAAUCAAACGAGCUCAGUACAUGGAUCGACUGUCUCUAAAGCAGCAGAAUGACGACAUUGAACCUGUUUUGGAGUAUCACAUGAAUAAGCUCAUUCGAGAGAAGCACGCCAACCUGCGUCUGACCCUGGCUGACUUCGAGCCCAUCACAUCCAAGGAGCUGGAGAAAUACACUGUUGACCAGGACUGGGCCUCCGAACAAAAGGAGCUUCAGGAGGAGGUGCUAGAGAAGCUUGACGUUGCCAACAAGGAUUUCCGAUCCUCGCUGGACAUGAACGAUGCUGCCAUCCAUAGAGAGAACGCCAUCCAAUCUCUGGAGGUUGCUUACUUUAGCUACCAGGAACAAAAAGACCACCUCGAUGCUGGGCGAAACUUUUACAACCAGCUUCUGGGUGAGAUUUCCAUCUUCCACAAGAACUGUAAGCAGUUUGUGUACGAGCGAAAGAUGGAGGGAGCUUCUCUCGAGCACGAGUUGUCGUCUAUGCACUUGUCUGAGCAUGAACAUAGCGGAGGCCACAGCGAUACAUCCUCCACUCCCCUAGCAGCUCCCAGAGCUCAGAGAGCCAGCAACUUGAGCAUGUGGAGCCCCGAGGAUGGUAUUCGGUUUGGGUAA